GCUCUCUCUACCUUCCCUCGUCGACACACAAUGGCCUCCCUCACUCCCGGAGUUCUCUCCAACCUCCUCGAACUCGCCGCCGGAAAAGUCAACUCUUCUUCUUCUUCUCCGCCCUUGUUGUCUUCGCACCGUUUCCCGCUCCUCCAGGUGAUAGAGAUCGUCCCCUGUCUCUCCGACAACCAAUGGCGCAGCGAAAGAUUCUUCGUCAAAGUCUCUGACUCUCUCCACGCCGCUUACGUCGCCGUUUCAGCAGCUGAUGACGCCGAUCUGAUACGCUCCGACGAGAUACAGCUAGGGCAGUUUGUUUACAUCCGCGGCGGUUUGCACGUGGAGAAAGGUUGUCCUGUUCCCGUCGUCCGUGGACUUAAGCCAGUCCCGAAGCGGCGCACGUGCGUUGGAAACCCUAGCGAUCUAAACCCUAGCGACUUGGUUCUUGGUUUUACUCAGGUCUCUGUUACAACGAAGAAGAAGAAGAAUAGUAUCGGUGAGACGAGGAGGCUGAGCUUGGAUUCCGCGAGAAGGAGUUGUUGGGAUCAUACUAGUCCUCCGGUGGUGACUCGCCGCCGUGAUGCAGCGUUGCUGCUUUCUUCCCCUCGUUUCAAACCCAAACUGGUCUUGAGUGAUCAGAAUCAUCCAAAGAAUGAGUCCUUAUCAAAGCACCUUAACUAUGAAACCCCUACCUUAAGAAACAGAAAUGUGUUAGUUAAGCCUGCAUCACCUAUAUCCAUAGCCAAGUCUCCAAAAGAUGGUAUCAAAUCGUUGUCAAAGGCGGUGGCUUCUCCAGUUGCGUAUUAUAAGCUGCCUUCAAGUCACAGGACUUGGUCUGACCAGAGAAUCUCAUGGACUGGACUCCCAAAAACCAUUCAAGUGCUAGGACAGGAAGUUUCAUCACAUAGACAAGUAGCAGUUUCAGCUGCAGUAAAGGCACUAGAGGAAGCAUCUGCCAUGGAGUCUGUUCUGCUCAGUUUACAGUCCUUCGCUGAACUAUGUGACUCUUGUAAACAUCUAUCAGCCGGCCAAGUUGUGCGCCGGUUCUUGGACAUCUACCAUAGUACACAAAACACAUGCAAAGCACUCCAUCUGUUGCUUACUCACAACGGUUCUUGUAGAUCAGCAGCUAAGAAGAACGCAGCAGCUUGGGUUCAAGACGCGGUAAUGACCGGUUUUUCUCAGUUCAACUUAUUCAAAGAGCCUGGAAAGCUAGAAGAUGCUGCUUCUCCCCAAGACCAUCAUCACUACAUUGUUAUUCAAAGCUCCUCUGAGAAACUAAGCCCCAAGGAUAAUACAACAAGUCCAAGAAACCAAGCUUACAAGGGUGCGAAACUGACUUCAGAGAAACAUCGUUCUGUUUCUGAGAGAAGUAAUAUAAAAGGUAAAAACAGGUUAAAAGAGUCGCUGAGUUUAGCUGACGAGCUACUCCGAGUAUCAAGCCAAUGGUUCUUGAAGUAUUUGGAGAGCUCACUAAAGAAAGGGUCGUUUUUGGUGAAGAAGGAAGAAGCAAAUGGGAAAGAGUCUCUUCUUGUUCACCUUAAAGCAGUAAACUGUUGGCUCGAUGAUGUGAUUGAAAACAGAGGUGAAGCUAGUGAGAAAGUCGAAGAGUUAAGAAAGAAGCUGCAACGGUUUCUACUUAAACAUAUAGAAUCUGCCAUUGGAGAAACGAUGUAACAUAAUCCAUCAAGACUCUUUAAUUUGUUAGAAAACAAAAAUCCAAAAUGUAAUGUUAUAUUUGGGAGUAUUUAAUUUC